AUAGUAGUUCAUGGUUAAAAUAAUGUCAAUUUAUUACUGAUCAAAUAUAAAACUCACAUACAAAUUAUUAUAUGAGCCUCUUGGACUUCCCAAGAGAUAUGAGUGGACAUGGACACUGAAUAACUAAAAUAGAGCUAAUGUGUCAAUGUUUUAGAAAUAAAAUAGAACAGGCUAGCAUGACCACCAAGGGCCUGUGAUGUACAAGUAGAAGGAUUGAGGUGAUAUGUAUUCACUCAUGUCAUUGAUUUAUUAUACUGUUUUGCUAGAAUGUGGCAUACGGAUAUAAAAGAGUGUGUGAGUUGACUUAUCCUCACUUUUGUCAUCUUUGAGUCAGGUACCAACUGUUAAUGUUGACAGUGCUAUAUCAGGCAGUAAUAUGAAUGAAUAAAAUAGACAGGGAACAUUGAUUAUGUUAUGAUUUUUGCAGAACAUCUAAACCUUAAUUGUUGGUCAUAUGAUGUUGUGAUGGAAAAUUAAUAUUUCCUUUUAGUAUGAGAGCAAAGUCUUGAUUAGUGAUGAAAAUUAUUGGGUUAUCUAUAAUCACAUUGCCCCAGGGUAGAUGAUACAUCUAAGUUCAGCUUCAAGCGUUCAUGAGAGAAUCAAGUUAAUGAGUGAAGGAAAAUAAUGUUACUUAUUUAAUUUUGACAAAUUAUAUUUGUAUCUAAUUUAUGUGAAAUGUUAUAUGUUGUUAGAAUUCAAAAUAGCUUCACAUUGCUCCAGCUGCAAGAUGGGAGUUGUCACCAAACUGUAUGGUGCAAGGAAUUAUUGGCAGUGAAGUAAAUAUUUGAUGAGAAGCAACUGAAGGUAAAAUGUUAAUGGUUGCCAAGUUUGAUGAUACAGCAUCAAAGACUGACACAAGUUGAGAAUUUUUAACUAAAGUUCUUUGUUUGAAUAAUUUGAAGUAUAAAAUUAUCAAUGUCAUGGGACAAGUGCAACGAAUGUACUACUAACUGGUAAAAAGAUAAAUACACAAUAAAAUAUUGAUGUAUCAAUUUGCAUAGAACAAUUACAUGUCUUGAAAUGGAAGUGAUUUUAAUAGAACAAUUGAUAUCUUGGUAUAGCUAAACCAUGUUGGAAUACCUAGAGUCAACACUGUGAGCAUGUACAUGUUUAAAAAAAAAGAUAUCAAUAUUCUUGAUAGAGUAUCUGAAUUUGAGUACCUAUCUCAUGGUCGUUCAUCGGGUUGCAUAGGUAUCAAUCUGUUCGAAGCUGUCAUCAUUAUUACCCCUAUAAAAUGCUUCAUAGAUGAGCACAGGUCUCUCUCCUCGAAAUUCAUAUAUAUAAUUAAUUCUAAAGAGACAGAUAAAUUACAUUUAUAAAAAAAAAAUAGUAAGGGUUGAACCUUACCUAAAUUCGUCCGACUAAUCUAAACAUAGAAUGUUAUGGCGAACACAGUUAUUGCCUAAGAAUUGUGGUUACAGAAUAUACUGGCAGGAGUCUGCUCGCCUAUGCGGCGAUGCGAGUCUGCACGCCUGAGCGGCGGUGCCAGUCUGCUCGCCUAUGCGGCGGUGCGAGUCUGCACGCCUGAGCGGCGGUGCCAGUCUGCUCGCCUAUGCGGCGGUGCGAGUCUGCACGCCUGCGAGGCGGUGCAAGUCUGCUCGCCUAUGCGGCGGUGCGAGUCUGCUCGCCUACGAGGCGGUGCCAGUCUGGUCGCCUAUGCGGCGGUGCGAGUCUGCUCGCCUGCGAGGCGGUGCAAGUCUGCUCGCCUAUGCGGCGGUGCGAGUCUGCUCGCCUACGAGGCGGUGCCAGUCUGGUCGCCUAUGCGGCGGUGCGAGUCUGCACGCCUGCGAGGCGGUGCGAGUCUGCUCGCCUAUGCGGCGGUGCAAGUCUGCUCGCCUACGAGGCGGUAAGCUAUCGGAUAUGCUGAGCUCCAAUCGGCUGCGACACAAGUCUGAUGGAACGACUUGGAAGGCGCAGAAGGUGCAGGAGUUCUGUGGUGCUGCUGCUGGUCUUCGUGGGCGAAGAAUUCUCAUCAGGGAGGCCGAGCUAAUAACCGAUUGUGGUGCUUGCUGUGUCAAGCCCUACGGUCGGUGUCGCGUCACUAGUUGG